GUUGUGAACAACCCCUCUUGACCAGCUCUCGAACUUGAACCCUUCCAUGGCUCAAACCGUUCAGAGUGGCUCAAAAAAGCGAAAGUCUCGACCUUCAGGUGCCGACACAUCCAGUCCUGCAAAACGUGGCAAGGCUGCGACUGCACGCAAGAGCACUGGUGGAAAGGCGCCUCGACGUCAGUCCGAUGCUAAUGCUAAUGCACCCCCUACCCGGAAGCAUCGGUUCCGUCCUGGGACUGUAGCACUUCGAGAGAUUCGUAAAUACCAGAAGAGCACCGACCUCCUAAUACGAAAACUACCUUUCUCUCGCCUAGUGCGCGAAAUUGCCGGCGACAUGACAACAGAUAUGAAUGAAAAUUAUGACACCGGAGGGCUGAGAUGGACAAGUUCCGCUCUGCAAGCAUUACAGGAGGCGACCGAGGCCUUUUUGGUUCAUCUUUUCGAAGACGCGAAUCUAUGUGCGAUACACGCGAAGCGAGUCACCAUAAUGCAACGCGACAUCCAGUUGGCACGUCGUAUACGAGGUUCAUGGAGGGCCUGA